AUGCCCCCUUACACCGACAACCCUCCUCGAAGACCCGGCUCGAGUCGCGAUGAUGAUAAGAGCACAGGCAGCCCCUCCAGAAGGAUGUCGCAAUCGUCCGAGUCUUCCGUUUCCACCACCAGCAUCGUCUUUGACCGGAUCGACGAGCGCGUCGCUGCCGAAAAGGCCGCUGCCGCUCUGAAGAAAGACAAGGAGCAGCCGUACGAUAAUGAUUAUGAUGUCAACGACGAUGACCUCGAGACUGGCCCGUUCCUUGGUAACGGCCGCGACGGGCAACAUGGCAAGCCCCGAGAACGGGAAAUGGACCGCGGCAUGCGCAGGAUCCUUCUGAUCGUUGCCGGUCUACUGGUAGCUGCUUGGCUGGGUGGGUUAGUUGUCUAUGUCUCGACCAAGUCUUAUCAGCACCCGUCUAAGGUCGAGCAUGACCCCGCGGCGACGGGGGCGCAUCGCGGCUCGGGGAAGGCGAUUACAAUGGACCAGGUCAUGGGCAGCUUCUGGCGUCCGGAGAGUCACUCCAUCCGCUGGGUUGCUGGUCCCAAUGGAGAGGAUGGUUUGUUGCUGGAGAAGGGUGCCCCUGGGAAGCCGUUUGUGGUUGUCGAGGAUAUUAGAUCGAAGACUGGAAAGCCGACUCGCGACGAGGUUCCCGGCCCAAGGACCUUGAUUGAGAGCGGAUGGUUUGACUACGGCGGGAAGACUUACAUGGCUGAUAUGGUCGAGCCGAGCAAGGACCUGCAGCGAGUCCUCAUUGCGACGGACGUGCAGCGCAACUGGAGGCACUCCUACUUCGCGGCUUACUGGAUCUUUGAUGUCAAGACCCAGAAGGCUGAGCCCCUGGUGCCAGGCGAGCCUGGCGCCCGCAUCCAGCUUGCGAAAUGGAGUCCUACUGGCGACGCCGUUGUUUAUACCAGAGAGAACAAUAUGUACCUACGCCAUGUCGGGUCUAUCAAGGUGACCCAAAUAACCACCGACGGCAGCCCGGAGGUGUUCAACGGCGUGCCCGACUGGGUCUACGAGGAAGAAGUCUUCUCCGGCUCGAGCGCAACCUGGUGGUCCGACGAUGGCAAGUAUAUCGCCUUCCUACGCACCAACGAGACCGGCGUGCCGGAAUACCCGGUGCAAUACUUCCUGUCACGGCCCAGCGGCGAGCAGCCCAAGCCAGGCGAGGAGAACUAUCCUGAAACACUCUGGAUCAAGUACCCCAAGGCUGGCGCGCACAACCCCAUCGUAGAGCUCCUGUUCUACGAUGUCUCUCGUGGUGAGGUCUUCCCAGUCGACAUCCCAGACCGGUUUCCCGACGACGAUCGGCUUAUCACCGAGGUUGUGUGGGCCGGUGACAAGGUGCUGGUCAAGGAGACCAAUCGUGUUAGCGAUAUCAUGCACCUCAACCUGAUCGACCCGGUUGCGCGCACAGGCAAGAGAGUCCGGGUCUUGGAUGUCAAGGCCCUGGAUGGUGGCUGGUUCGAGAUUACGCAUCAGACCAAAUACAUCCCCUCCGACCCGGCCAAGGGUAGGCCGCAUGAUGGUUACAUUGACUUGAUGGUGAACGGGGAUGCCGAUCACUUGCACUACUUCACACCGCUGGACAAUCCGGAGCCUAUCACGCUUACCUCGGGCGACUGGGAGGUUGUCGACUCUGAAUAUGCUGUUGACCUGGAGAGGAAUAUUGUCUACUUUGUUGCGACGAAGGAAUCCUCGAUCGAGAGACAUGUCUACCAGGUCUCACUGACCGGCGAGGGUUUAGCCCCCGUGACUGACACCUCCAAAGAGGGCUACUACUCUGCUUCCUUCUCCACCGGCGCGGGCUACCUCCUGCUGUCCUACCAAGGCCCCAGGAUCCCCUGGCAAAAGGUCAUCAGCACACCCAGCAACCCUAAGAAGUACGAAUACAUCGUGGAAGAGAACAAAGAGCUAGCCGAAAACGCCAAGAAGUACGAGCUCCCCAUCAAGAUCUACGGCACCAUCGAAGUUGACGGCGUCAAGCUGAACUACGUCGAACGCCGCCCACCACACUUCGACGAAAACAAAAAGUAUCCCGUCCUCUUCUACCAGUAUAGCGGCCCCGGUUCGCAGAUGGUUAAGAAGAAGUGGGACGUCGACUGGCAGUCUUAUGUCGCCGCCGGCCUGGGCUACAUUGUCGUGACCGUCGAUGGCCGCGGCACGGGCUAUAUCGGCCGCAAGAACCGCAUCAUCACACGCGGCAACCUGGGACACUGGGAAUCCCACGACCAGAUCGCUGCCGGUAAGAUCUGGGCGAAGAAGAAGUAUGUCGACGAAACGCGCAUGGCGAUUUGGGGUUGGAGCUUUGGCGGCUUCAACACGCUCAAGACGUUGGAACAGGACGCGGGGCAGACGUUCCGGUAUGGGAUGGCGGUCGCGCCCGUGACGGACUGGCGGUUUUAUGACAGCAUUUAUACCGAGAGGUAUAUGCUCACACCGCAGGAGAAUGGGCAUGGGUAUGACGUGAGCGCGAUUACAAAUGUGACGGCGCUGGCGCAGAAUGUGCGGUUUUUGAUCAUGCAUGGUGUGGCGGAUGAUAACGUGCAUUUCCAGAAUUCGCUGACGCUGCUGGAUCGGCUGGAUCUUGUGGGUGUGGAAAAUUAUGAUGUGCAUGUUUUUCCGGACAGUGAUCAUGGGAUUUAUUUUCAUAACGCAAAUAGGAUCGUGUAUGACAAACUCACGAACUGGCUCAUCAAUGCCUUCAAUGGGGAGUGGCUCAAAGUUAACAACGCGAAGCCUAAUGGGAAGACAAAGACAAAGCGGGCAUCCGUAUGA